AUGGGUCAAGGAAAACUGAGUGAAGGAAUCAUCUGGAAAGUAGAUCUUCCAACCAUAGCCAAUCCUGCUGAGAUCAGAGUUGAACUCAACGCUCUUCACCAAUCUUGUGAGGAGAGGGAACAUGCUGAGAAACUGAUGAAGCUGCAGAGCCAAGCGGGUGGCCGAAUCUUCCUUCAGGAUAUCAGGAAACCAGACCGUGAUGACUGGGAGAAUGGGCUGAACGCAAUGGAAUGUGCACUACACUUGGAAAACAGUGUGAAUCAGUCACUACUGGAACUGCACAAACUGGCCACUGAGAAAAAUGACCCCCAUUUGUGUGACUUCAUUGAGACUCAUUAUCUGAAUGAGCAGGUGAAAUCCACUACAGAAUUGGGUGACCACGUCACCAACUUGCGCACGAUGGGGGCCCCCGAAUCUGGCAUGGCACAGUAUCUCUUUGACAAGCACACCCUGGGAAAUAGUGAUAACGAGAGCUAAGCCUUAGGCCGGCUUCCCGUAGCCACAGGGGUGACUUUCCUGGUCACCAGGGCAGUGCAUGCACGUUUGGGUUACCUUUACCUUUUCUGUAAGUUGUACCAAAACAUCUACAAGUCCUUUCCUUAGUACCAUUCCUUCAAAUAAAGUAA